GCGAGACGGAACCCGCGUAUUUCUCCCCCUUCAAGUUUUAUCCCACGUACCCCAGCACCCCGACGCCCCUGGAUAAAGACUGCGAGAAGCUGUACCUGACCAAUCAGGACCACACGUCGUCGUUGUCCCAUUACAAACCCCAAACCCGCUACAACGACGUGCCUUCCAAUACCGAACACCUGACUAACACGGCGAGGUCUUAUUCGUGCUUUGACCGCUGUGAACCGACCACUGCUAAAAACAGCGAAGGCGGCAAGAACUUGGCGAGCAGCAACACCGCUGGGAAUCACCCCGGUGGCGUCACGGGAACCGGGAACGCCAAGCCGAAAUCUGAAAUCACCGACGACCGAGACAGCAAAUCGAGCAAAUCACACGGCACGGGCAGCGUCGUGCCGAAGCAAGAACCGGUGUCCGAGCCGUCCGGAAAAUCCAC